AUGUGUGACGAGAUGGGAGCACAGUUUGUAAAUUUACUUUAUCACUCGGAUGUACGUUGGCUUUCCCGUGGAAAAAUUCUUACGCGUGUUAUGUCUUUGCGUUUAGAAAUACAUAUUUUUCUAACGGCAAAAAAACACUCAUUGGCUGAUAAAUUCAAUGACGAUUUGUGGGUUUCUAAAUUGGCUUUUUUAAGCGAUAUUUUUGGACGGUUAAAUAAGUUGAAUAUUGAGAUGCAGGGGCAGAAUAGAACUAUGGUCGAUAUUGGUGAAAAAAUAUCCUCAUUCAAAAAAAAGCUCGCAUUUUGGCGAGAAAAGCUAUCUCAAGGAAAAAUUGCCACAUUUACUCUUUUAAGUGAAUUUCUUGAAGAUUCAACCAAAAUUACAUUGGAUGACAUAAAAUUACUGCUUCAAGAGUACUUGAACAAAUUACAGUUAGAACUCGAUCGAUAUAUACCAGAAAACGCAGAGCUCAGUAAAUACAGUUGGGUGAGAAAUCCAUUUGAAAUUUCUGUUCACCAAGUUGGUGAAGAUAUUUGA